AUGCUCAUCACCGCUAGUAGCAUCAAGGAAAGCAAAGAACAUUUUGAUCUCGUCAAAGCACAUCCAGAAAUCUUCUACUCAACAGCUGGCGUCCAUCCUUGUACAGUAGCCAAGGAGUUUUAUGCCCCUGUCCCCUUAUAUGACACUAAAUUGGCCACCCUAAAAGAUAUCAUCGAAGAAGGGGCUACUAAAGGCUACAUAAAGGCUAUUGGGGAAAUCGGCUUGGAUUAUGAUCGAUUGCAUUACACUCCGAAGGAACAGCAGCUAGAAGCUUUCGAACGUCAAUUGCAAUUGGCUGCUCUGUUGAAACAUUUACACUUACCUCUCUUUUUACAUAUGAGAGCUGCAUGCGAUGACUUUAUAAGAAUCUUAAAGCCGUUCAUCGAUCGCGGAGAUAUCGUCGGAGGUGUCAUCCAUUCGUUCACAGGGUCCCUUGAGGAAUUGACCAAAUUGCUUCCCUUGGGCCUUUUCUUUAGUGUCAAUGGUUGUUCUUUAAAGACACAGGAAAACUUGGAAACGGUUAAACAUAUACCCAUCAAUAGACUAAUGAUAGAAACUGAUGCUCCAUGGUGUGAGAUAAGAAAGAGCCAUGCGGGCUACCACUAUAUCCUGCGCUACCCAAAUAUAUAUUACCCUGAAACGGCAAUCAACACCAUGGAACAUAAUACCACCGAAACAGAUACUGACCCAGCAAAAGUAUUAACUUCUAACAAAGUAAUUGCUUAUACCAAAGGAAAAUUAGAUGAUAAUUUACCCUUCUAUUCAGUGAAGAAGGAAAAAUUCAAUGACGUUGUGGCUCUGGGAUCUCGUUACGAAGAAGAUACUGGUACCAGCUUGGACCAUUGGAAAUACCCAUUGGUUAAAUCCAGAAAUGAACCAGUUAAUGUAGGACAUGUGGCUCAAGUUGUAUGUGGAAUCCAUGGUUUUACAACUGAAGAAGAAAUAAAAUCUUUUAUAGAUACCGUGUACGACAACUCGUGCCAAGCAUUCAAUGUGCAAUAA